CGUCGCUGUCACCGGGGAACGACCGUUCCCGUACGCGGAGGAGACACAUCGAUCUUUCGAUCGAGCGUUGUCUCUCAAACCGCUCCGAAAAAGCGUUUCUCUCGGACUUUCGCGACUUCUCCUUCCUCGUCUUCUCCCUUUCUCUCUCUCUCUCUCUCUUUUUCUCUCUCUCUCUCUCUCUCUGUUUCUGUGUGUGUUGUUCAGCCGCUAAAUAUUUCCCGUUGUAACGGAACGGAACGCGUUGCGUUUUGAAGUACCGUGGUGACACUACAACUUUUUUUUCUGUUUGUUUGGCGCUCGGAUUUGAAGGAACGUGAGACACGCACACGAGCGAGGGGAUGAACGACAUGGAAGCCUACGGGGACGGAUACAUGGCACCGGAGGAGGAAUGGGAGAGGGAGGGUCUGUUGGAUCCCGCCUGGGAGAAACAGCAGAAAAAGACCUUCACAGCCUGGUGCAAUUCGCACCUACGCAAAGCGGGCACCUCCAUCGAAUCGAUCGAAGACGAUUUCAGAAAUGGGUUGAAACUGAUGUUGCUGCUCGAGGUGAUCUCGGGCGAGACUCUACCCAGACCCGACAGAGGCAAAAUGAGAUUUCACAAGAUCGCCAAUGUGAACAAGGCCCUUGAUUACAUCGCCAGCAAAGGCGUCAAGCUUGUCUCAAUUGGCGCAGAGGAAAUCGUGGACGGCAACUUAAAAAUGACCUUGGGCAUGAUAUGGACCAUUAUUCUGAGAUUCGCCAUUCAAGACAUUUCCGUGGAAGAGAUGACCGCAAAGGAAGGAUUGUUGCUCUGGUGCCAGCGCAAGACGGCGCCGUACAAAAACGUUAACGUUCAAAACUUCCACCUGUCGUUCAAGGACGGUCUCGCGUUCUGCGCCCUUAUCCAUCGUCAUCGACCCGACUUGAUUGACUACAACAAACUCAGCAAGGACAACCCACUGGAAAAUCUGAACACUGCCUUUGAUGUCGCUGAAAAGUAUCUCGACAUUCCUCGUAUGUUGGAUCCCGACGAUUUGAUCAACACUCCCAAGCCGGAUGAGCGAGCUAUCAUGACAUACGUGUCCUGCUACUACCACGCGUUCCAAGGUGCCCAGCAGGUCAAUAUGCGAAAUACGGCAAUGCCUGAUGAGAGGGCCGUGAUGACCUAUGUUUCCUCAUACUACCACUGUUUUAGCGGGGCGCAAAAGGCAGAGACAGCGGCUAACAGAAUUUGCAAAGUGUUGAAAGUAAAUCAAGAAAAUGAGCGUCUCAUGGAAGAGUACGAACGUUUGGCUUCCGACCUGCUUGAAUGGAUCCGACGAACAAUGCCUUGGCUCGCGAAUCGACAGACCGACAAUUCUCUCGCUGGCUGUCAGAAAAAGCUGGAAGAGUACAGAACCUACCGGCGCAAACAUAAGCCGCCGCGUGUCGAACAAAAGGCCAAGCUCGAAACAAACUUCAAUACUUUGCAGACGAAGCUAAGGCUGAGCAACAGGCCGGCGUACAUGCCGACGGAAGGAAAAAUGGUGUCCGACAUCAAUAAAGCUUGGAGAGGUCUGGAGUUGGCCGAGAAAACGUUCGAGGAUUGGUUGUUGUCCGAAAUGAUGCGUCUGGAACGUCUAGAACAUUUGGCACAGAAGUUCAAGCACAAAGCGGACGCUCACGAAGAGUGGACCGCUGGUAAAGAGGAGAUGCUCACGUCUCAACACUUCCGCCAAUGCAAAUUGAACGAACUCAAGGCUUUGAAAAAGAAACACGAAGCUUUCGAGUCAGAUCUCGCAGCUCAUCAGGACCGCGUGGAACAGAUCGCGGCUAUUGCUCAAGAACUCAACACUCUCGAGUAUCACGACAGUGCAUCCGUAAAUGCAAGAUGUCAACGUAUUUGCGAUCAGUGGGAUCGAUUGGGUACGCUCACCCAGCGUAGACGUCAGGCUCUCGACGAAGCUGAAAAAAUCUUGGAGAAGAUCGACGUCUUACAUUUGGAGUUUGCCAAACGCGCUGCUCCUUUCAACAAUUGGUUAGACGGAACCAGGGAAGAUUUAGUGGACAUGUUUAUCGUUCAUACAAUGGAGGAAAUUCAAGGAUUGAUGGACGCACACGCUGCGUUCAAAGCAACUCUCGGCGAAGCAGACAAGGAGUACAACUCAAUCGUGGGACUCGUGCGCGAGGUCGAAUCCAUAGUCAAGCAGUAUCAAAUACCCGGCGGCCUAGAAAAUCCGUAUACCACUCUUACUGCAAUGGACCUCACCAAGAAAUGGAGCGAUGUCAGACAAUUGAUACCUCAACGCGAUGCUACUCUGGCUGCUGAACUUCGCAAGCAACAAAAUAAUGAACUGCUCAGACGACAAUUCGCCGAGAAAGCUAAUGUCGUUGGACCAUGGAUAGAACGUCAGUUAGAUGCAGUGACUGCAAUUGGUCUCGGUCUUCAGGGAACUCUGGAAGAUCAGCUACAUCGUCUCAAAGAAUACGAACAAGCAGUCUAUCAAUAUAAGGCUCAUCUUGAAGAACUGGAAAAGAUCCACCAAGCGGUUCAGGAAGGCAUGAUUUUCGAAAACCGCUAUACUCAGUACACCAUGGAGACGUUGCGUGUCGGUUGGGAACAGCUUCUGACCUCGAUCAAUCGCAACAUUAAUGAAGUCGAGAAUCAAAUUCUUACCAGAGAUUCAAAGGGCAUCACUCAGGAGCAGCUAAACGAAUUCCGCAGUAGUUUCAAUCACUUUGACAAAAACAGGACAGGCAGAUUGGCACCGGAUGAGUUUAAAUCUUGUCUUGUGUCUUUGGGUUACUCAAUUGGCAAGGAUAGACAAGGUGACAUCGACUUCCAACGUAUUCUGGCUAUUGUUGAUCCUAACAAUUCGGGUUACGUGCACUUCGACGCCUUCCUCGACUUCAUGACACGUGAAUCCACCGAUACCGACACGGCGGAACAAGUUAUCGACAGCUUCCGCAUUCUUGCUGGCGACAAGCCUUAUAUCCUGCCGGACGAACUGAGGAGAGAACUGCCGCCGGAUCAGGCGGAAUAUUGUAUUCAGCGAAUGCCACCGUUCAAGGGACCGGGCGCUAUUCCCGGGGCGCUGGACUACCGCUCUUUCUCGACGGCUCUAUACGGCGAAUCCGAUCUAUAGAUAAGCAUUAAAUAUAAUAUUAAUGAAAAAAAAAAAAAAAAAAAAAACAA